UCUUUUUUUCUUACAUACCAUUUUGAAGCAUUAAUUUUUUAUUACACAAAUAAGUUGACAGUCUUUUUUAUCUCGGUUUCUCAAUUAACAUCAACAUGACUGUCUCCGGUGAGAAAGAGGAUAUCAAGUCCAAUGGUGCUAACGGUAUUCGUAAUUUAUCUCCCACCGAUUAUGUUGGCUUCGAAUCACUGCCUGAACAAUAUGUGAACCGGACCAUUAGAGAAGGCUUUGUGUUCAAUGUAUUGGUAUUAGGUGCCACGGGUGUUGGUAAAUCAACUUUGAUUGAUUCCCUAUUCAACACCAAGUUUCCCGAUGUUUCAACCAAAUCUCAUAACUCUCAAACAGUUGAACUUCAUGUUCAAACUCAUGAGUUACAGGAGAAGCAAAUUAAACUCAAGUUGACCAUAGUAGAGUCCCGUGGUUUUGGUGAUCAAAUUAACAAAGGAGAGUCAUACAAAAGCAUUGUGGAGUACAUUGAUAAUCAAUUUGAAAGGUACUUGCAGGAAGAAUUGAAAAUCCACCGAACUAACAACUUAUCAAGUCAGGACACUCGAAUUCAUUGCUGUCUUUAUUUAAUCUCACCUAUUGGCCAUGGUCUUAGAGCUAUCGACUUGAUAACUCUUAAACAGUUGGAUAGUAAAGUCAAUAUAAUUCCAAUAAUUGCCAAAGCUGAUAUCAUCACUAAAAAUGAACUUAGUAAAUUGAGGUCUAAAAUUAUGGCCGAAAUAAUCACUAAUGGAAUUCAGAUCUACAAUUUUCCCACCGAUGAUCCUGAAAUUGCAGAAAAUAACUUACAAACAAAUGGUAUCUUGCCUUUUGCUGUGGUUGCCAGUCAUGAUUUUGUUAGACUUGGUAAUAAACAAGUUCGAGCUCGACAGUAUCCAUGGGGAACUGUACAAGUUGAAAACGAGAAUCACUGUGACUUCGUUAAACUACGAGAGAUGCUUUUAAGAAUCAAUAUGGAAGAUCUACGUGAAACAACCCAGACCAAACAUUAUGAAGUUUACAGACGAACUCGACUUGAAGAAAUGGGUUUCGGUGAUGUUGUUGACACUGCUAAAGCAUCCACAUUUCAGGAAACAUAUGAAGCAAGAAGGAACAUUCAACUUUCUGAGAUCAAGAAGAAGGAAGAAGAGAUACGCCAACGAUUUGUCUGUCGAGUUCGUGAACGAGAAAGUCAAUUUGAAUCGCUUAAAAAUGAACUUCAUACAAAAUAUGAUAGUCUUAAAAAACACCACCAAGAAGAGAAGAAAAGGGUUGAAGAGGAACGCCGUAAGCUCGAGGAAGAGAUUCAAGCAUUCAACCAGAAGAAGACCAGUGUUUUAUCAGCGACGACUAAUAUCAAUCAAAGCACUACUAGUUUGAGCUCAACCCUCACUUUGGGAAAAAGCAAAAAGAAGUAAACGUCAGUCUAAAUAAUUUUGAACAAUUUUCUUUCAUCUCUUGUCACUUGAAUAGAAAAGCAACAUAAGCGAAACAAAAAAAAGAUUUAUCUCAAAAAGCUCACUGAUCUUCCUUUUUGAUUUUUAUUUCAAAAUUGAUACAAAAAGAAAAUUAGUAGUCCCAUCAUCUGAUUUUAUUAUUACUAUUCUUAUUGAUUCUUUAUAAUAUAAAGUCAUACUUCCAAAAUGCCAA